AUGGAUUUAGAUCAAGAAGUAUCUUCAAAUAAUAAAGGAUACCCUCAACAAACCCAAACUCAAUCUCAGCCUCAACCCCCAGGUCAAAUUUAUUCAAAUAAUUUUGAUUCAAAAUGGAAUAAUAAUAAUAAUAAUAAUAAUUUAUAUUCACCUUUAAAUAUUGAUGAUAUAAAUAUAAUGGAACUUGAUCCAAAUACCACUAUAAAUUUUAAUAAUUAUGAUACUACUAAUACUAAUAUUGAACAAUUUCCUCACUUAUCAUCACAACAAGAUCAAUAUAAUAUAAAUAAUCUAAAUCAAAUAAAUCCACAAAUUACUAUAAAUAUGCCUGGUGCAUACAAUAAUAAUAAUGAAGGUAUGGAAAUAGAUGAUAGUCCACCAUUUACUAUUGAAUCGGAUUUAUAUUUUGAACCACAAAUUAAUGAUAAUAAUUCAAUUAUAACAAGUACAAAUCCAAUUAAUAAUCAAGAAGACUCAAGUUUAAUGAAACAACAACAGCAAGUACAUGCAUUUAAUCAACAUCAGCAUUCUCAUUCUCGAUCUCAUUCGCAUUCGCAUUCGCAUUUGCAUCUACUGCAUCAACAAUUAACUACGCCUACGCAACCUAUUGAAAAUCACAAUAGUCCAUUUGAUGAUAGUUCAAGAGUAUCUUCAUUUCAAAAUAUUUCAUAUCAACAAGCUAUACCCAAUUCAUUUUUCAUAAAUGGUAGAGAUUUAUAUUUUGAUGAUCAUGAUAGUAAUUUCACCAGGGGAAGAUUAAGAAAUGGUUCAAUAGAUAGUUAUUAUGCUGCAAAUGUAAUUCAAAAUCAAUUACAACAACAACAAAAUCAAAUAAAUCAUGUUCAACAACCAACGCAAAAUCAAAAAUUUAAUGAAUUAUCACCAAUAACUACUACUACUUCUCGAUCAUCUUCAAUUCAUUCAACACAACCUUCAUUUUUUUCAGCACAACAGUAUUUAACUAGAAAUUCAUUUGAUCAACAACAAACUACAAAUUCUUCAUUACAUCGACCUUCAAUUGAUAUUUAUAAUCGACCAUCAAUGGACUCUCAACAAUCGCAACAACAACAAAGAAAUCCAAGAUAUACAAGUUUUACAAAUUCAAUAACUAAUAUGUUACCAUUUAUGGGAGAUUCAAAAAAUCAACAACAACAAAAUCAAAUACAAAGAUCACCAAGUAAUGUUAAUUCAUCAUUACAACAACAAAAUAUCCAAUCGAGGCAUUUAAUAAGGAGUAUAUUUAAGACUAAUAUAUUAAAUAAUGAACAACAACAACAACAGAAUAUACCCUUUGAUGAAAAUGAUUCAACUACAUUACCUUCAGAUUUAAGUCAUGAUGAGUAUUUAAUAAUGAGCCCGAAAGAAGAAGAAUUUGGGAUUGAAAAUCCAACAAAGAAAAUUAAGAAAAGUAAGAGAUCUUUGUUUACCAGAUUUAAAAGCAGUAAUGCACCCGGUAAACAAGAAGUAGAUGAAAUACCUUUAUUAGACGAAACUAAAGAAAAUGAAAGUAGUAUUGAUGGUCCCACUUUAUCUGCAAAUGGAUCUAGUGGAGCACCAUCAAUUAUGACCAAUAAUCAGGUUCAAACUCAAAUUGAGGAUGAACCGGAUUAUGCAGCAUUAUUUUCAAAUGUCGGUAAGAGGAAAAAUAUAGUAUCUACAGGGUAUAGAAAACCAAAAAUUAAAAAGGAAGAAUCAUCUAGUUUUUUCAAGAAUAAAAAUUCAAAUAAAACAGAUGUAGGAUCCGAUAAAUCUUCGUUUUUAGAUGAUGUAAGUGGGAAUAAUGUUUCAAUUACUUCGUCACAAGAAAGUUCAAUAAUUGAAGAACCAACAGAAAGUUCAUCAAUUGCAACUACAAGUAAACGAUUAUUAGGAAUUUCUAAGAAAAAAUCAAGUAAUAAGUUUAAAUCUGAAAUUGAUGAAUUUGUUGAUGAAGAUGAUUUAGAAUCAAAAGCAGUUACAAUUGCAUCUUUAAAUACUCCAGUUGCAACUAUGAUUUCAAAAGGUGUUGAGAUUGAAGUUGAUCUUGCUAGUCUUGAUUUACCUCCAGAUACGAAAAUUUUCCCAACUUCAAUUAUAAAUAAUAAGAAUAGAACAAGAGGUAGAAAAGAAAAUAAAGAAGCUGAUGCAAUUGAUUCUUCAAAAAUUUAUCUUUGUAAUUAUUGUUCAAGAAGAUUUAAAAGACAUGAACAUUUAAAAAGACAUUUUAGAUCUUUACAUACUUUUAAUAAACCUUUUGAUUGUUCAAUUUGUCAUAAAAAAUUUUCAAGAUCGGAUAAUUUAAAUCAACAUUUAAAAAUUCAUAAACAAGAAGAAGAAAAUAAAAAAGAAGAAGAAUUAUGA